AUGUUCCAAGCAUCUUCUAGCAACAACGGCGGCAGCUCAGCGGCAAUGGCGUGCAUCGCUACCGUUAGUGUAGACAACCAAUUAGUUAAUGUAGACGACCAAUUAGUUAUUGUAGACGACCCUAAAUUGUCUAAUUUAAAACCGAUAGUUUUAGUUAAUAAAGGUAUACCUCCAAAAUAUGACCCUAAAUUAAAUUCCCUAAAACCAAAAGUUUUAAUUCAAAAUAUUCGCGACCCUAAAUUAACAACACUGACACCCGUUGUCUGCAUAACAAAAUUACCCGACAUUAGGAUCGUAGGUAAAAAACGCGGUAGACCGGCUAAAUAUAAUAAAUCUAAAGCACACAAACAAAACAAUAUAAACGUAGAUUCAGAUAGUUCAUCAGUAAAUUCAGUAGAAGUAGAACGUAAGAGGGGACGACCAGGUAGGCGAUCUAUAGAUGCAAAUUCUCAUUUAAAAGCGGUCACAAAAUAUAAUGAAAAACAUCCCGAAGUUCAUAGGCAGGCAGUUAAAAAAUAUAACGAGAGCAAUCCCGAUAUUCAUAGGCAGGCCAGUCAAAAGUUCAGUCAAAGUAAUCCAGAAGUUAAUAGGCAAGCCGUUCAAAAGUAUAGUCAAAGUAACCCAGAGGUUAAUAGGCAAGCGGUUCAAAAGUAUAGUCAAAGUAACCCAGAGGUUAAUAAGCAAGCAGUAGAUAGUGCGUUAGGAGUUUCACACGGAUUUCAACAUCCGACAACGGGGGUAUCAUUUUUAAAAAUUCAAGGGAGGGUUUAUCACAGAGUUUUCGAUCUUGCGUACUCAGAAACUACUAACCCGGCUGGACUUUACAUCUAUGAUAACAGUGAGCGAGAGAGCCUCGCUACAAAUUUAAAUUUAGAUUUAACAGUCAUUCGAUCGAUUACAAAUUUCUUGCAUAAUCACAACCCUUAUAUAGAGUGCUUCAAGCGGCUGAGCCAAGAACCAUCCGACCACGCACACCUCAUUUUUGAGCACACCACACGACGCACACAUGGCAACAUUCUCGGUGAUAUGCCUUUAGGCAACGAGAUUGCUGCCAUUAUAAGCAAUGAGCAGGAACGUUACAUUCCUCGCGCCAUUGCAAUCUGGAAAAUUGGAGACAAAAAGCCUCACACAGUAGAUAUAAUGCACCCCUUAUAUGAAACUUUUCAAUAUCCAUUAUUGUAUCCGCACGGUAACCCUGGAUGGUUUCCUAACAAAACGGACAAUAAUGGAGCAAAACUAACCCAGAACAAAUAUGUUAGAUGUCUCCUUCUGAGCGAACCCCGUUUCAACGAUUUUAAUCGUUUGUCUGAAGAGUGGUUAGUUGAUAUGCAAUGUAGGAUUUUAGAAGAAAGACUUCGUUACCUGUAUAACAUCCAAAAAGGUAACACGGAUAAUGCUCUCCGUUCCGCUCCAUUAAGAGAAGUAGAGUCAGUUUUACAGCAGAUAAGUGUAGAUGAGACUAUUCGAGGAGAGGGUGGGGUAGUGCCUGGUAGAGUCUACUUGCCAAGUAGUUACACGGGGGGGCCUAGAUAUAUGAAGCAAAAGUAUAUGGAUGCUAUGGCAGUAGUUAACAGAUUAGGAUUGCCAUCUUUUCUUUUAACUUUAACUUGCAAUCCCAAAUGGCCUGAAAUACAAAAUUCAACAACAGGUCAUCAUAAUACUCCUUCAAUUUGUGCUAGAGUUUUUAACAUUAAAUUACAGCAACUUUUGAGGGAUCUUCGCACAGGGGUUUGGUUUGGUAAAAUUGUUUAUAUUUUAUAUGUAAUAGAGUUCCAAAAACGGGGAUUACCACACGCUCAUAUCUGUUUUGCAGUCGAGGGUGGUGGCCCCGUUCACGGUACUGAUGUAGAUAAAUUUAUUAGAGCAGAUAUUCCUGACGCUUCAGAAGUUGAUGGAAAAUUAAGGAAAGCAGUUUUAGAUUACAUGGUACAUGGUCCGUGCGGUCCGCCGCAUAGGACAGAUUUAAAAUGUUGGGAUAGUGAAAAAAAAAAAUGUACAAGCUAUUUCCCAAAACCAGAGACAGAAGUCACAUAUUGUAAUGAUAAAGGGUUUAUUAACUUAAAGCGUAACAGUAAGAAUACAGCCACUAUUAAAUACAGAGGGAGGGAUAUAGAAAUUAGUGAUUUGUGGAUAGUACCAUACAACGCUGCACUUCUUCUUAGAUAUGAUUGCCAUUUAAAUUUAGAAUCAGUGUCUACUCGAACAGUCAUUAAAUAUCUCUUUAAAUAUAUGACUAAAGGUCCAGACGAGGCUCGAGUCGCCAUUGUUCCGGAAGAACUAAAAAAUAACGAAAUAGAACAGUACGUCACAAAACGAUACAUCGGUUCUGGUGAGGCUGCUUGGAGAGUUUUUGAGUUUGACGUCACGGGACGUGAGCCCACUGUAAAGAUGUUAGACGUUCACUUAGAAAAUCACCAAUCUAUUUUUUUUAAGGCGGGAAAUGAAGCGCGUGCCGUUCAAAAUUCGGGUUCGGAUCUCGUCACGUACUUUAAUCGUCCCCUCGGUGAAGAAUUCGAUAGUUUAACAUAUUUAGAUUUUUACGAGAGGUACAUCGUUCAUUCCAGCCCCCCCUCAACAAAAAAUACAACCAUUUAUAAUAUGACCAACGGUAAAUUUUUGACGAAAAGACAGAGGGGAGAAAUAGUGACGCGUUUAUUUUGGGUCGCGCCCAACAGAGGUGAACAAUUUUAUUUAAGAUUACUGUUAGCUUCACACCCCUGCCGUAGUUACAGGGAUCUUUAUAACUUGGGUGGUCCAAAUUGUAACACAUUCCAGGAGGCCGCUAAAGCCGUUGGUAUCGCCAACGAUGAAGCCGAAUACGAGAUAGCUAUGCAGGAAGCUUCAUGUUUUUUGACCGGACCACGCCUGCGUAACUUUUUCGUAUUAUUGGCUGUUAAUGGGGUAGCAGUAGCGACACUGUGGGAAAAAUUUAAAAAUGAGUUAGCUGAAGAUAUACUUAACCGCGUAAAUAACGAUACGGAUAGAGCGUACACCCAGGCCUUGGUUCAAAUUGACCGUCUAUUGCGAAAACAUGGUUCGUGUUUGUUAGAGCAAGGUUUGCCUGACGCGCACGAUGACACCACCGAACUAGGUCGUGAGAAGGCUCUACACGAUGCAGACGGGUUACGCGAAUUUGUGGAUGUUUGGACGCCCAAGCUGUCUCAUGACCAGCGGCAAGUGUUCGAAUAUGUGCAAAAUUUGCUCACUGAUGAUGGUUUUCGCAAUAGUAACGAAAGUGCUAUUUAUAUAGACGGUCCGGCAGGCACUGGUAAAACGUUGCUAUUAAAUACGAUAGCAGCGUACGUGAGGGGCGUACUCAAUGGUGUAGUUUUGUGCACAGCGAGUUCCGGUAUUGCCGCGCAGAACUAUGACGGCGGUAUGACUGCGCAUAGUAUGUUUAGGUAUCCAUUAAGCGCUAUUGACGAUUUAGGGUAUUGGUACGUAACAAACGGAACCCAGAGAGCUGAACUCAUACUACACUCCGAUUUAAUUAUUUACGACGAAGCGCCGAUGCCACCACCAUCACUGCAGGCGCGACGCAGCGCCAAUGCAAAGCGACUUAGGGCACCGCACUCACCUCUGCGCCAGAGCCGCUCCUGCGCCCGCCGCGGCGCGCCGCCGGCCCGGCCACGUCUCGCCGCCGAGCGAGCCCGCUCGCGCGCAGCUCCGCCCGACACCGGCCCGGUACCGUCCGCGGAUCCAUUCCUUCCGUUGGACUAA